GUAAACAUUUUCCAUAAGGGCGUUUAAAACCCUGCUUUAAACUUCCUGAUUUAUUUCCUUUUUAACGAAUAUAUAUGUUGUAUCUGAGUGAAUUAUUUUCCCUGAAGAGUCUAGCCAGUGCAGCUGCUACUGACCUUAGAUUAUCUCGAAGCAUAACCACUCAAACUGGAAUUGCUUCUGGUAUGCCAAAAUUUGGGCAUGAUGGGAAACCCACGGCUAGAACAUUUGCACCUUAUUCUAUCUUCAAGGGAAAAGCUGCGCUUUCUGCUGACCCUAGUCUCCCAAUGUUUACUAAAUUGGAAUCUGGAGACUACAGAGUUGAACGUCAUGGUUCCAUUAUGUUAACCUUCUGGCCUGCUAUUGGUGAACGUAAAUAUAAUUGGGAGAAGAAACAGAAGUUUGCUCUGUCAGCAACAGAGGUUGGGUCCCUGAUCAGUUUGGGUGUGAAAGAUUCUUGUGAAUUCUUCCAUGACCCAGCAAUGAAGUCGAGUAAUGCAGGCCAAGUUAGGAAAACUUUAUCUGUUAAAGCCCAACCUGAUGGAAGUGGUUACUUCAUUUCUCUGAGUGUUGUCAACAAUAUCCUCAAAACCAAUGAUCGGUUUGUUAUUCCUGUCACUUGUGCUGAAUUUGCAGUUAUGCGAACAGCUUUCACUUUUGCUUUGCCUCACAUAAUGGGUUGGGACCGAUUAACCAAUCAGCCACUAGAGUUUGCCGCCAGCAAAAGUACACCAGCAGUGGCGGUUGCUGAUCUUCAGAACUCUGAGUGGGAUAGAUAGGUGGAAUGAAUUUAAGUGUCAACCAUUGUGUUUGUUAACUUGAUUGUAGCCCUUGCAGUUUCGACAUUGUUCCAUGGUGUUGAAUGUUUUAACAAACUUAUGUCUAGUUAAGAAUGCUUUUGAUGCGCCUGUGAAUAGCAGACUAGUUUGAAUUAUGGAGGUUUCUGAACAAUUCGGAAUUGUUUUGCAGCAAGUAAUCCUGAUAUUUGGCACCUUAUCUGGCAUGUUGUUAUGUCUUGCUCAAACCAACUGUCCUUGUUGGAGUAUUAUUAAGGUUUGUUUGCUUGAUAACAUUUUUGGUCUGAUGAGUAUUUUGUAGAGUUUUGUUUUCUUAAUAUUUGGUGAACUCGAACAAAGCUUCAAGGGUACAUCUUCCCUAACUUUCAAGUAUAUUUCAUAUGCAAAUGUUUU